AUGUCGGCAAACUUCGAAAAUGACACUUCGGCGUUACGCCUGUAACGGUCCGCGUUUACGCUUUUUUUUCGUUGAAGAGCUGACCUGAAAGCUUAUUUUUAAAUUAUAAGAAUACUGACCACAGAAGGCAUUAGCUGCAGUAACGUCAAUUUUACUAUAAUUGUUUUUCUCUGAUCGGGAAUCUGAACCGACCAGUUGACUGAAGCAAGCUGGCAGGCUAACCAGCUAGGUUACACCGCUCGAGACGCGAGUGUGAAGAAAUCCGUCCACUUGACUAUCCAGAACUAUCCACUUGGCUGUCCUAGCCGUGUUUUCCCUUGAAACCGAGAGUAUACCACGUAUUUUACGAUCAUCUCUUAAAACAUAUAGGUUAGCUUUUGUUUCUAGAGGUAGCUUACUUUUAACGUUGCAUAGAAUUGACACGUCGGUGCGUGUGCGCUAGCUAAAUUAGCCGGACUAGCUAGCUAAAGUUUCUAGCUACUGACAACAGACUCAUCCUACAUUUAAACGCAUUUGUCUCGUAACUUAACGUUACUAAUGUUAACUCCGAGAAGCAGUUUGAUUUGCUUGUUGUUUAAUAGGCUUUCCUGAUAGUUACCUCAUGUUUGAUAGCUAGCUAGCAGCUUACCAAAAUGGGACAAAAUUGGCGACCGUCAAACUUUUACAAGCUUAGUGUAAGACAAUGAUAAUUUAAUUUAGUAUUGAAACGUUUCGUUUGGUUUUUAUCAUAAUAUAUGAUAGAAAUUAUCAUUUUAAAGCCAGUUUUGUGAAUUCAUGGUUACUAGAUAGCUAAUUAAGCAUUCCAUUUGGUGUUUCACUUCAGUAUCGGUUAGUUGGCUUGUUGAUUUGUAAUGCUGGCCUAAAUUCCGAGUCUGACAAUGGCUGGCUUUGAGAAUGGUGAACGGGCGGCAGACACUGUGAGUUUACAGACUGUCGGUAGUCAGUUUGAUGAAGAGAGCUCACUUGGUUCGGAUUCCGAAAUGAACGGCUAUCCAAGUUCCAGGCCUACGGACAAAUACGGAUUUAUUGGAGGUGCCCAAAAGUAUUCAUCUGAAUCGGCUCAGGAUGUUCCCACAGAGGUGUUGAGGCAGAGGGAGGUCAAAUGGUUGGACAUGCUGAACCACUGGGACAAAUGGAUCAACAAGAGAUUCAGUAAAGUCAGGCUGCGAUGUCAGAAAGGAAUCCCGCCUUCACUGAGGGGCAGGGCCUGGCUUUACCUGUCAGGUGGGAAAGUGAAAAAGGAGCGGAAUAGUGAAAAGUUCAAGGAGUUAGACAGCAUGGAAGGAGACCCUAAGUGGAUAGAUGUGAUCGAGAGAGAUUUGCACAGACAGUUCCCUUUCCAUGAAAUGUUUGUGUCACGACAAGGGCACGGGCAGCAGGACCUGUUGCGGGUGCUGAAGGCCUACACCCUGUACCGGCCGGAGGAGGGCUACUGCCAGGCCCAGGCUCCCAUAGCUGCUGUGCUACUAAUGCACAUGCCUGCUGAGGAUGCCUUCUGGGGCCUGGUUCAGAUUUGUGAGAAAUACCUCCCUGGGUACUACAGUGCAGGCCUGGAGGCCAUUCAGCUGGACGGGGAGAUCCUGAAUGGGCUACUGAAGCGUGUGUGCCCUGCAGCGUAUCGACAUCUAGACAAACACAAGAUCGAACCUAUCCUGUACAUGACUGAGUGGUUCAUGUGUGCCUUCUCCAGAACUCUCCCCUGGGCAGCUGUGCUCAGGGUGUGGGACAUGUUCCUCUGUGAGGGUGUAAAGAUAAUAUUCCGGGUGGGUUUGGUAUUGCUGAGGUGUAUGCUGGGUUCCAGGGAGAAACUAAAGACUUGCCCUGGUCAGUAUGAAACUAUGGAGCUGCUCAGAGCCAUCGAGCCCAGAUACAUGCAAGAGGCAUUUCUCGUACAACAGGUGCUGGAGUUGCCCAUCACGGUGCGUGACGUGGAACGAGAACACCGCACACAGCUGAAGCGCUGGAGGAAGACACACGGCGAGCUCAGUUACAAAGCAGCUCCCAGGAUGCAUGGCGCCCGGGACGUCAUGAAUGUGGAGCCCCACACACGCCACGACCUCCGCCAGAGGCCGACCAUCGUUGUCCACUACCCUUCAGCCCCAGAUCUCAAACCUGAAUUUGCCCGCAAAAAACGUGGGACCCUCAGGAGGAACGUCACGCCUGCUCCGGACUUCCUGAACCCGUACGCCCUGCCCUACGACCCAAAAUCAUCUGAGCAGCCAGGCCAGGCUCCACAGACAGCACAGCCCCCCAGCGAGGUGCCUCCAGACCCUGUACCUGAGGAGCACAGAGCCCAGCCACAGCAGGCUUCUGUCCAUAACCAACAUCAGUCUCCCACUGAAGAGCCCAAGCAGGUGUUCCCAAAGCCUGCAGUAAAGCAGAAGCCCAAGCUGAAUCCUCCCUUCCCUUCCGCAGCUCUUCCCUCCAAAGACCUGCCUCCACCACCACCACCUCAUCAUCCUCCAGCGCCCCCUGUGGGCAAACAAUAUCAAGACUGGCGUCCACACCUGCAGAACUUCCCACCUGUCCUGCCCAGAGCACCUGUUACAGGGUCUGUCCCCACUCCCAAGGACUUCCCUGUUCAGAAUGUCUUGCAGAACUCCUCCCACAUCUUAGAUCCACCUGCACCUACAGACUCUACCUUUCCAGUAGCACACAGCAAACCUGCCUGUGAGGACUCUGGUGCAGCUCCUGGAAAUGGCACUCUGAGUAAAUCCACUGAGAGUAUCAAUAGUUCAGAAGACACCUAUUUGUAACUCAGUUUCGCCACCCAGUGGUGGGAGUGACAGCUGCAUUUUCUAGCAGAGGGUUGAACAGACUGCAGUCCUGGGAGACAGCCUUUUGAUCAUUGUCAAAGCACCACAGAAACAGCAUAUUGGGGUAAUCUGGGAGAUUUAAUGGUUAAUUUGCCACUAUAUCACAACACCAAUGAUAAUAAAUUAUCCAUUCUUUCACUACUAAAAGAAGUUAAUAUCUAGAAAACUGACUAGUGAACUGAAAAGAUUUAACACAGCGGGGUGUUUAGAUGUCAGUUUGUAAGCUUCACCAGAAACAUUUGUCUUUGACCACUCCUAAAAACACAGGAGUUAGGAUAGAAGUAUUCAAAUGAAAGUCUCCAAGAUCCCACAGAUUUUCUACACUCCAAGUCAGCUGUUAUGACUCAGUGGCCAAGCAAUUGCAUCAGCUGUUUAGUUAACAACCAUUGGAAUAUAAAAUCCAGGGCAGGAGUUCGAGUCAUGAGCCUGAUUUGAAAACUCCUGGUUACGGUUGUACACUUCCUGUUCUUUCAGGAAUAAGGAACCACAUGGGUAUUAAAUAGCCGUGUUGUCUACUACAACUAUAAAAGGAACUGUGAAGUACUUUCUGGAACUCUUUACAUUUUUCUGGAUGUCUGACUUCCUGGAACUGAGAUUUGCUCUAAAGAUGAAGGGAAGUAAGCAAAUGAGUGUGAUAUGAAGACUUAUCCACACUACUUUACAGAGGCUGUCUGGUUUUGGUGGAUUUAUUACUGUUCUUUGAUUUUGCUUGUAAAAUUUUGUUUGUUACAUAUUCAUAGGCUGGUAUGUAAAUAGAACUGUGUUACUGUCUUUCCUCAUAAGUGUAUAGUAAGGAUCACUAACGCAUAGUUUCUUACUUAACUGACUCGCUUCAGCUGGGCAAAGAUACUGUGUGCUAUCAAGUUUACUUAAGUGUAAAGUUUAAUUGUGACAAAUAUGAGCAGACGAACUCUUGUUCCACCUUCCGCCACUAGAGGGAAGACUUUGUCUAAAAAUGUUCAACGACGCACAGUCGCAGAAGCUGCAGGUCCUGAGACGUUGCCAACUACAGCCUUCAGCGGGGAAAUGUGUUUUUGGAGAAACGCUUUUCAAGUUAUUUACUACCACUGAUGCAUGCUAUAUAUUUACUUUAUCCUCGAAGUGUAGCCGAAAUUUACAUCCAUCCAUUUACGUACUAAGUCAUUAUGGUGAGGACUGCAGCGGUUCCACUUACUCAUUUUGUUAAUGGUUCCUGCUACUUUAAUUUCACUAUUAUCUGGAUCUUGGUGACACUAGUAUUUUUUAAGAAUAUUUUAUUGGGUACUUUAUUAUUAAAGAAGUAAGAAUUAGAAUGGCCUUAAUAAUUACAUUGAACAUGCGUUUAACGUGUCAAAGCAUACAUAAAGCCUUGAAAAGGGUUCAUUUGAUUUUCUUUUUCCUGUCUAACUAACUGAUUUUAGGACAGUUUAUCUAGAUUCUGUACAAUUAUGCACCUAGAUCGGCCUUAAUAAACAGAUAAUACAUUAUUGAA